UUCCUGGCAGUGUCUUUCUCUAGGCUGGCCAAAAAAACAAAGAUAUCCUUCUCGAAAUAUCCAAGGUAGUCUUAAAACACGCUCAUUUGGUGUUCGUCGAGGCCUACGCCUGACUAUAGCAUAUGUCAUUCUUGAGAGCGUUAAGUCUGCAUUUUUGAAGACUCAAAUAUGUGAUAAUGACUUUGAUAAUUUUUAAUGUGCUCAACUAUCUUAUGAAACCACUGAGAAAGGGAGAUUUGAAAAAUUCUCAAAUUUCAGAACAUUCAAAUAAUUAAGUUUUAUGACGGUCGGGCCAGCUUUUAGGAAUGGAGCCGACAACGGUGUCUGAAUAGGGGGUAACUCUGAGAAGACGACCUCUUGUACCAAACCGAUACAGAUGCGUGUUGUUGUUUUCUUUAUCUCAUACAACUACUUUCCAUCUGCCUGGUUAGGGUUAUUCAUCUCAAUCAUUGAAAUCUACAAAUUUCUAAAGAUAAUUCAACUAAUACAUCUAAUUUUCAUCCAAAUAUUAAAUUUCCUGCCUUCUUUGAGAGUGAUUUCAGCAUACUUCCUUCCCUAUUCAUGAUAUUUUACAACACAAUAUCCUAUUGCAAUUCGUGUAUAAAUCUAUACAAUAUAUUAGUACAUUGCGCAGUAUGAUGCAUUCGAAUGAGGAAUCAAGCACAUGUGCCAUUUGCUUUGAUGAUUUCUUGCAUCCAAAGCUUCUUUCCUGUCGUCACACCUUCUGCAAGCCAUGUCUAUUCGAUUACACCAAAAAAGUGGAAGUGGACGAAAUUGUCUGUCCGCUAUGUCGACAAAAGCAGUGUUUAGACGACAGAGGUUUAGAUGGACUAAUGGACAAUUACUUCGUGUGUUUGAGGUCACCGGAAGUAACUGUUAUUCAGUGUUGUGAUAUCUGUUUUGAAGAGGCAGAGAUCAACCAAUGUCAUCACUGUACUCAAAAACUGUGCCAUUCCUGCAAAUCAUCUCAUAAUCUUGCGCUAAAAAUGUCGGGCGAAAAAACAGGAUCAGAUCUUGACUCUGAGGACUCUGAAGAAAGUGACUAUUUGGAAGAUAGUGCUCCUGUGUCAAGGCAUCAUCUUUUGCAUUCCUCAAAUAUAUCACCCCGAACCGAAUUAAUUGCAGAGUUUGUUUCUUCUUUUAAAGUGCCUUUCAGUUCUCAGGAUGAACAUGCAAUGGUUUCGUGCAUUUUUCCAAAAUCGAAAGACACUUGCCUAAUUAUUUUGGGCCUAGGACCCGAAAUGAUUGAAUGCUCACUCAAAGGGAGACCUUUUAUCAGGAAAGUAUUUAGUGAAGGAAUCCACGGAAUAACUAAGACAUUAAACGAUAAAAUUCUGUUUUCAAACGUUAACGACGGAAGUAUUCUUCAGAUGGUCGAUGAAUCUAGAAUAGCCGUUUUCGCCAAAUGUGACGGAUACAUGCCAGCAUCACUCUCUACCUUUAAGGACGGAAGAAUAGCCGCUGUUGGCGUGCCUAACAGUGACAUGGAGAAUCUUUGCAAAAAUUCGGGAAAUCAUGGAGCUCUUCUGAUAUUUGACAAACACGGUAGCUUAUUGAAAGAAAUUUCCAAAGAAAGAAGCGGCUUCUUAUUUAAGGCUCCUUUAUGUAUUUCGGUAAAUCCACAAAACGACACAAUCUGUGUGGCUGAUAGCGAAUGGCGCCAAGUUCUCAUUUUGACAGAGGGAGGCUAUGUUAUCAGAAAGUAUAACGGUACAACUACAAGCGUUGGUGACAGACUUUUGGGAAUAAGCAUUGGUUUGAAUGCUUUUUUGCCAACGGCUUUAUGCCAUGAUCAAGAUGGAAACCUUGUAAUAGCCAAUGUUGUGGAUGGAACACUCCAUAUUCUACUUCCCAAUGGUGAUUUGUGCGGAUUCAUAACUACAAAAACCAACAGAGGCUUUGGCCAUCCUACUAGUUUGUGUUAUGAUAGUCAUAGUAGACUCUGGGUUGGGAAUUGUGAACACGGAAGAGUAAAAAUAUUUGAGAUUUUGUCCUAUAGAAAUAAUCUACUGGAUAGGGGUCAUUAGUACUUGGGAAGAAAGAUAUGAUAUUGUUUUACAGAGCUUUGGUGACAUUGACUUUUAAAUAUUUGAGAUAAAGGAAUAGAAAUGAAAA